AUCCAACGAUACAUAGCCGUGAACCUUUUUUACCUGCCCAAAUCGGCUCAAGCAUUCGUGCCAAACAGCUCUAGAAAUUCAAGUCUUAUAUACUUCUAUAUCUUACACCAAUCUACCACCUAGGCACUUGGCACUUGGAGCGCCUCCACGAGCUAUCCUAGGCCCUUACCCCCACGCGCUGGUCGACUCCCACGUUUCCGUCUCUCUCCACCAGCCAAUCCCCUUUGCUGUAUUUGCCCCAAACGGCAACUGAUCAAGUCAUCGCCCGACCUCAAGUCUCCAUUCUCACCAACAUCCCACCUUUAUCCCACGCUUCAAGCGUUGCCGUUGACAGCUAUGGCCCCAGUUGCUACGGGAGAGAUCGCACCAACGCAUCUACCCGGUGGUCCAUCGAAGCCAUUGAGCAUCAGUGCCUCUGUCUUGCAUGGUCCCCGCGAUCUGCGACUUGAAACAAGGACCAUCGAGGCUCCAGCAGCAGGCGAGCUUCAAAUCGCUAUCAAGGCGACUGGCAUUUGUGGUUCAGAUGUUUCCUACUACAAGAAGUUUGCCAAUGGCGAUCUCUGUGCCUGCCAUCCACUGUCACUAGGCCACGAAUCGUCUGGCGAAGUUGUUGCUAUUGGUCCUCAAGUGAGUGGCUUCAAGUUGGGCGACCGAGUUGCUCUUGAAGUUGGUGUUGCUUGUGGAAACUGCGGCACUUGCCGUAAAGGUCGUUACAACCUAUGCAAAAAGCUGCGUUUCAGAAGCAGUGCCAAAACCUACCCUCACUACCAAGGCACAUUGCAAGAGAGGAUUAACCAUCCCGCUGUUUGGUGCCACAAGUUGCCUGAUAACGUCUCGUUCGAGGCCGCCGCCCUCCUCGAGCCGCUGUCUGUAGCUAUCCACGCGGUGAACCGUGCCAGGCCGGAGCCGGGCUCCACUGCCCUUGUUAUCGGUGCCGGCACUGUUGGCCUGUUGACUGCUGCAAUGGCUCGUCAAUCAGGCUGCACCUCAGUUACAAUCACUGAUAUUGAUGCUGGGCGUGUCAACUAUGCCAUAAGCCGUGGAUUUGCAACCCAUGGUUUUGUUACCCCCCUGUCCCGUUUGAACUCAUCCAACUAUUCUUCUGGAAUCUCUACACCCGAGACUGGUAUCAUUACUCCUGCCAGCACCUUUUCAACAGCAAGCCGCUUCGACGGAGCCAAAUCAUUGGCUGCGGAUAUCCUUGCUUCAUCAAACCCUGCUGGUACCUUCAUGCUUGAGGAGGAUGAGGAUGGUGUUGAUGUCACGUUUGAGUGCACUGGAAAGGAGGUGUGCAUGCACACAAGCUUAUAUGCCACCAAAGCCGGCGGCAAAGUAAUCAUGGUGGGCAUGGGAACUCCGAUCCAGACCCUCCCUCUCUCUGUGGCCCACCUCCGUGAGAUUGACAUCCUGGGCGUAUUCCGGUAUUCCAACACCUAUCCCACUGGUAUUCGGCUUUUGUGUUCGCAAGCUGCGAAUCCCUCUGGUUGUAGCCUGCCUUCGUUGGACGAUAUGGUCACCCAUCGUUUCAGGGGCCUCGAUCAAGCACAACGUGCAUUUGAGCUAGCAACACGCACCAGUGAUGAUGAGGGCAAACUUGUCCUGAAGAUUGUUAUUGAGGCAUAAAAACUUUCUCAAGAUUGCUUUUUUACGACUUAUGAAUGAUAGACAAAGAUAUCCAAGAAGCCACAUAUUCCAGUGGCAUAUUUCACAGGGGGUGGGGUAAAUAGAUAUUCAGUUACGAUGAUACCAGCUACUACAUUGGUAGCCUGGGGGGAAGGUUAUAUUUGAUUGAAAAGACACAAAAUAUGAUAUGAAAUGGCUUAAUGGGUUGGGAAAAGGGAUCGGCAGGGAGUUCGUCCUAACAGACAUAGU